UAUCGCCACCUGGGCUGGUUGUUGCACCUUACAUCAUCCUCUCCACUCCAGUCUCCUCUCUCCUUUCUCCACAGCAGGUCCUUCGAUUCCUUUUUUCUUCUCGGUCGUAAAAAAAAGGGAAGGGGCGAAGGGCAUCAUACAUCUCAACAACACCGCCUUUUCUUAAUUUCUUCUCUAAAGUUAUCUUAGCUGCUGCUACUGCUACUGCUGCUUCCAGAGAACUAGAGAAUAAACAAAAUACAGAUUUUAAUUUGGGUGGAUAAUAAAAUGCUGAGGCUUGGUUGUAAGAGAUUUCUAGGGUUUUCGAACCAGAGGAACCAGACGCUGCCACAAACUCUGCUGCGUCUCUACCAUGAGAGGGUCGUCGAUCACUACAAUAAUCCCCGCAACGUCGGAUCCUUCGACAAGAACGACCCUACGGUCGGGACAGGCCUUGUCGGUGCUCCUGCUUGCGGUGAUGUUAUGAAGCUUCAAAUAAAGGUCGAUGAAGAAACUGGGAAGAUUGUCGAUGCCUGCUUCAAGACCUUCGGAUGCGGUUCCGCCAUCGCUUCUUCUUCUGUAGCUACUGAAUGGGUAAAGGGGAAACAAAUGGAGGAAGUCUUAACCAUAAAAAACACGGAGAUUGCAAAACAUCUUUCGCUUCCCCCAGUGAAACUACAUUGCAGCAUGCUUGCGGAGGAUGCAAUCAAGGCGGCUGUGAAAGAUUAUGAAGCUAAGCGAGCUAAGUUGGGGGCAAAUGGUGAGGCUGCACCAGUUGAGAAGGUAGCUGAUGCUUGAUUAACGAGUAUGCGUAUAAUUGACAUGUCUAAAAAUGGGAUAUGAUAUGCAUGUUAAUAAUUAGCUUGUUAUGAUAUGAAUUACUUGGAACUUCUGCUUACGCAUGGUCCAUUUUCCAUGGAUUCUUUACCAAUGACUUUUUCUUUUAAA